AUGGAAUACACCAUCACUACCUAUAAAAGAGGAAUUUCGAGGAUAUUGCAUCACAUCCAAAUGUUCCUGCUUUUCCCAAUUCUAGCUGUACUUGUGCCAAUUUCCUCUGCUGAGGACUUGGAAACUCCACUAGACGAUAAAGAAACGUUUGAGACAAUCAACAGUAUGUACACCAAUGAUCUAGUUUGGAGUGAUGAGUGGGCAAAAAAGGCAUUGGACUGGCUUAAGUCUUCAGACUACCGACAAAGUGUGGAAGCUGAUUUGAUUGUUGGAGGAAGAAGUUUGAUUGUCAAUGCGAAUGACAAGCCAGUGUGGCAAAAGAUAGUCGACGUCUUGGAGAUCCAGUUCGAUGAAGCAGAAGCAGAAGCCGCAUCUGUCAUCGAGUUGCUCCACGCAGAAGCGGCACAAAUAGUUAUCACCGAUAAUCUGGUUCCGUGUGUGUGCGUCUCGGACAGUGGAACACGAGUCCGAAAAAUGGGCGGAUUGCGCUCUGCAGAAAGCACAAAAGUGUUAGUACGAAUCGCGUCCGAACUCACAGAAGUACUUCUUUAUAGCGCUGGCCGAGUGUCUGAGAUCUGUGAGAAGGAUGACUUUCUCCCCCGUCCCGGCAUUUUUGAAGGGAGUCACGGACUGAAUGAGUUUGAAAUGGUCACGAACAGUAUGCGACACAGUAAUAUAACGUCGUAUCUAAUCAAAGCAUUUUUCGAGUUCGGUAUCAAGCUGCUCAACGUUUGGCUGUGA